CUCAUCACUCAUUUCAAACACAUACUAGUGCGUGUUCUUUCUCUCCUGCAUCACUGCAUUUUUAUUUUCUCUUCUAUCUUUUCUCCCUCAUUUUCUUAAUCUGGGGUUUUGUUUUUUUUCGUUUCCUUCUUGGAUACUUAAAAAUAGUUACGAAAAAUUUAAAAAAAGGGGUAGAAAUUAAUUUAAUCAAUCAUGUGUGGAAUAUUAGCUGUGUUGGGUUGCUCUGAUGAUUCUCAGGCCAAAAGGGUUCGUGUUCUUGAGCUCUCUCGCAGAUUGAAGCACCGUGGUCCUGACUGGAGUGGUCUCUACCAAUAUGGUGACUCUUAUUUGGCUCAUCAAAGGCUGGCAAUUAUUGAUCCUGCUUCUGGUGAUCAGCCUCUCUACAAUGAGGAUGAGAAGAUUGUGGUCACUGUUAAUGGAGAGAUCUACAACCAUGAGGAACUGCGAAGGAGUUUGCCUAACCACAAAUUCAAAACCGGAAGUGAUUGUGAUGUUAUUGCUCAUCUUUAUGAAGAGCAUGGGGAAAACUUUGUGGACAUGUUAGAUGGAAUGUUCUCCUUUGUUUUACUGGAUACCCGCGAUAACAGCUUCAUUGUUGCCCGUGAUGCCAUUGGGAUUACUCCGCUAUAUAUUGGCUGGGGACUUGAUGGUUCGAUAUGGAUUUCUUCUGAAAUGAAAGGCUUAAAUGAUGACUGUGAGCAUUUUGAGGCCUUUCCACCAGGGCACUUGUAUUCUAGCAAGACAGGUGGCCUGAAAAGAUGGUACAAUCCUACUUGGUUCUCUGAAGCAAUUCCAUCAGCUCCAUAUGAUCCACUUGUUCUAAGACGUGCAUUUGAAGAUGCUGUGAUUAAAAGGCUGAUGACUGAUGUACCUUUCGGAGUUCUGUUAUCCGGUGGUCUUGACUCGUCAUUAGUUGCUUCCAUCACAGCUCGUCACUUGGCAGGCACUAAGGCUGCAAAACAAUGGGGAGCACAGCUUCAUUCAUUCUGCGUUGGCCUUGAGGGUUCACCAGAUUUGAAAGCUGGAAAGGAAGUUGCUGAGUAUUUGGGAACUGUGCACCAUGAAUUUCACUUCACAGUUCAGGAUGGUAUUGAUGCGAUUGAGGAUGUUAUCUAUCAUAUUGAAACUUAUGAUGUCACAACAAUCAGAGCUAGCACUCCUAUGUUCCUUAUGUCGCGUAAAAUCAAGUCACUAGGAGUGAAAAUGGUCAUUUCUGGUGAAGGUUCUGAUGAAAUUUUUGGGGGAUAUCUAUACUUUCACAAAGCGCCCAACAAGGAGGAAUUUCAUCGCGAAACAUGCCACAAGAUAAAGGCUCUCCACCAAUAUGAUUGUUUGAGAGCAAACAAAGCGACAUCUGCUUGGGGCUUAGAAGCCCGGGUUCCAUUUUUGGACAAGGAAUUCAUUAAUGUUGCAAUGAAUAUUGACCCUGAGUGGAAAAUGAUUAAACCAGAGGAAAAACGUAUUGAGAAGUGGAUCCUUCGAAAGGCUUUCGAUGAUGAAGAGCGUCCAUAUCUACCUAAGCACAUUUUAUAUAGGCAGAAAGAGCAGUUCAGUGAUGGUGUUGGCUAUAGUUGGAUUGAUGGGCUUAAAGCUCAUGCUGAACUACAUGUCAAUGACAAAAUGAUGCUGAAUGCUUCUCAUAUCUUCCCGCACAAUACCCCUGUAACAAAGGAAGCAUAUUACUACAGAAUGAUUUUCGAGAGGUUCUUUCCACAGAAUUCAGCAAGACUGACUGUCCCAGGGGGAGCAAGUAUUGCUUGCAGUACAGCCAAGGCUGUCGAGUGGGAUUCUUCGUGGUCAAAUAACCUCGACCCCUCUGGACGGGCUGCACUUGGGGUUCACAAUUCUGCUUAUGAGAAACAACUGUCAUCCACUGUGAACAAGAAUUUGACUAAUAAUAUUAUUGACAGUGUUCCUCGGAUGAUGGAAGCAAGCGCACCCCCACUCACAAUUCGAAGCUAGCAUUUCCAGCUCUCAGCACUAGAUUCAGUGUGAAUCUAAGAUGUGUAGAUGUUGCAGCAUGUUUUUUUAGCCAUGCCACUGUGUCAACUGUGUGUGCGAUAUGUAAACUGAAUAACUGCCUGUAUUUACUAGUAUUCGUUUGACAGGCAUUGUGAUUGUAUGUGGUGUAUUGUUCAAGUAGAAGGUCCUGUAUUAAGUUGUGUUACAAAUCCUUGACUUUUCGCCAAGGAUUUGCCUGUCAUCUGUAGUAUAUUGGGAUGGUUCUGUAAGACUCUGAUCUUGUUUCAUCAAUCUACCUUAAUCGCCUAAACUUUGUUUCAUAAA